AUGAUUUUCCUCUUUCUAAGUUCAAGUUUUUGAAGCUCUUUCUCAAUCCAAGACAAAAAUCCAACUGUGAUUGAACAUCUCAGAAGGUUUCCUCGGUGGCUAUCGAAAAUCCAAUUGUGAUUGAGAGGAUCAGAUGUAAAAGUAAAUUCAAGAGAUUGAAGAGUUGAUUUUAUCUUCCAAAAACGCAAAAAGGGGUUCAAAUCAUUCAAUUGUUGAAUUUGUUGGAUUGUUGGUUGGAUUUGAAGUUGUUAUCAUGGCUCCUACUAGAAAGUUUAAGUCCGGGGCGCAGAAAAGAAAAGAGAAAGAGAGGAGAGAAGCUUUACGUAAAACUCAAGUUGGUUCUCUUAAUAAGUAUUUUAGUAGCAACAAAGAAGAGGCAUGUCAAGCUGUGAAUGAGAAUACAAGUGAGGAACCAGAGCAGGUGGUGAAUGAUCAUCAUAUUGAAGAGGCAGAAGAGCUAAAUCAAUCAGAGAAUGAGGAAAAUAAUGAAAUUCUCAAUGAAGAUGUUCACAAUGCAGAGCCAAAUCAGUCAGAGAAUGAGGAAAUUAAUGACAUUAUCAAUGAAGAUGUUCACACUACAAAUUCAACUGAGGAAAUUCUUUUUGACAUGGAUGAUCCACUGAAUUGGAACAGGACAGACCAAAAUAUUACAGAUUUCUUGGUUGAAAGAGGCCCAAAAAGAGACAAUAAUGUCAUCUUUCCGAGAGAUAAAUGUGACAGAUGUUUUUCCUCAAAGCAUUACUUCAGAGAAUUACCAAAUGGAGAGAAGCAAGAAAGAAAGUGGCUGGUAUAUUCGGUUUCUUUGGAUAAAGUUUUUUGCUUUUGUUGUAAAUUGUUUGCAAAGAAACAUCUUGUGGGGCAAUUAGCUGAUGAAGGUGUGAAUGAUUGGCACAAUAUUUCUGAUCGACUUAAAAGUCAUGAAAGAAGUAGGUAUCACAUUGGCUCAAUGACAAGUUGGAUGGAGUUGGCAAAAAGGCUGAAAUUGAAGUUAACAAUUGAUGCAAGUCUACAAGAACAAAUCAAUCAAGAAAAGGAACACUGGAAGCAAGUAUUAGAGAGAAUUCUUGCAGUUGUGAAAAGACUUGGGAAAAAUAAUUUAGCUUUUCGUGGAGAUAGUGAAAAGCUAUAUGAGGAGAACAAUGGCAUUUUCUUACAGAUGAUAGAACUGCUUGCUGAAUUUGAUUCGACUAUGCAAGAACAUGUUCGACGUAUUAAUAAACAUGAGGUUCAAUAUCAUUAUUUGAGUCACAAAAUUCAGAAUGAGAUGAUUCAAUUGUUGGCAGGGGAGGUGAAAAGCUCAAUUAUUAGUAGAAUCAAAGAAGCCAAAUAUUUUUCAGUUAUACUUGAUUGUACUCCAGAUGUAAGUAAUGAGGAACAGAUGUCUCUUGUAUUAAGAAGUGUCAAUGUUUCGGCUACUCCUAUUGUGGUUGAAGAAUAUUUUCUAGAAUUCUUAAAGGUAUCUGACACAUCAGGUCUUGGACUGCUUAAUGAACUUCUAACUGCAUUGAAGACUCUUGGACUUGAUGUUAAUGAUAUAAGAGGACAAGGGUAUGACAAUGGAUCCAACAUGAAAGGAAAAAACAAAGCUUCUACAAAGAGAUGGCAGGUUUUUACAGAGCAUGUGACAGGUCUUACCGUUAAGCCAUUAUCAGAAACUCGUUGGGAAAGUCGUGUGGAGAGUGUUAAAGCAAUAAGGUAUCAAGCUCCAGAAAUAAGAGAAGCUUUGAUCCACUUGGUGAAUGGUAAAGAAGAUGUCAAGACAAAAAGUGAUGCUGAGACUUUAGCAACAUAUAAUCUUCAGAAUUUUGAGUUCUUGUUCGGUAUGAUUAUAUGGUAUGAAUUGUUACAUGCUGUUAACAAUGUCAGCAAAGUUUUGCAAACUGAAGAUAUGCAUGUUGAUACUGCCAUCAAAGAAUUGGAACGUCUUCUUUCCUUUCUUCAAAAGUUUAGAGAAACUGGAUUUGAGGAGUCCUUGAUUGAAGCUAAAGAGAUUGCAAGUGAGAUGGGGAUUGAACCGGUAUUUAUGGAAAAACGGACAAUUCACAAAAAGAGACAAUUUGGUGAAAGCUCUAGCGAAGCGGUGACACAAUCAACUGCAGAAUCCUUUAAAGUCAACUAUUUUCUCUACAUAGUUGAUCAAGCUAUUUCUUCAUUCAAAACCAGGUUUGAGCAAUUUAAGACUUUUGAAGAGAAUUUUGGGCUUUUGUUUGAUUUGGACAAGUUAAGGUCUGCAGAUAGAGAUAGUUUGAAGAGUUUUUGUGCUAACCUUACAAAUUUAUUGAAGCAUGGCGAGAUUUCUGAUCUUAAUGAAGAUGAUCUAUAUCAUGACUUACGAAUGUUGAGUGAAGAUUUACCCAAUGAAACAAAAAGAGCUAUUGAUGUGUUGAAUUAUCUAAAAGAAGUUGAUGGCUGUUAUCCAAAUGCUUGGAUUGCUUAUAGGAUUUUGCUAACUAUACCAGUCACAGUUGCCUCUGCAGAAAGAAGUUUUUCAAAGUUGAAAUUGAUCAAAUCUUACCUUCGGUCUACUAUGUCACAAGAGAGAUUGAGUGGUUUGGCUAUGAUAUCUAUUGAAAAAGAUAUUGUUGGAAAACUUGAUUAUGUAAAUUUGAUUAGUACCUUUGCAUCUAAAAAUGCAAGACGAGUCAUAUUUCAGUGAUACUUUGAAAUUGGGAUAUUGUUUUCUUUUGUAAUGUU